UAACGUUAGCGUUUAGCUUCUGUACAUGUAAACAAUGUAAUGAACACGAGAAAAGGUUCCGGCUGGAACACACGGAAACAAACAGUCCGGAGCACAAAGAGAGAGUGCUGGGUUUUUUGGUUUGUUACAGGUUGAUUAAGAGGCUCCUAUGGAGUCACUCAACACCUUUGAAUCCGAGAUGGAGGCUGACGGACAGGGAAACUACUCUCUGUUUCCUGCACUGGACAGCAUUGCAAGUCUGUCUGGGACUGCAGAAACACUGGAGAGUGAACCUCCCACUGAAAUUGCUGAAAAGCCAAACCUCACAUGGCUUGAUGCUGCACAGAUUGUCCUGGAGGAAGCAGGCCGGCCUAUGCACAUAAAGGAGAUCAAGCAGAGAAUCAUUGACCGAGGACUUGUUCAGUCCAAUGCAAAGUCAAGCUUGGAGGCUGUCAUGUACCGUGAGACACAAAAAGGCAGCAGGAGAUUCAAGAGGAUUGAGAACAGAAACGGAGUCUUUGCGCUGCUGACUGAUGAGGAGCGGCAGCAGGCCCUGCAGGCCUUCACUGCCCAGUCCUUCCUCGGAUCCCCGACCCAGAAUACCAUAUCCAGUUCUGGCUCAGGUACCCCGGCACCUGCAUUUCCAUCUCCUGCAAGUUCAUCAGAGCAUAAAGCAAAGGUGAAGAGAGGUCAGCGAAAGAACCAGAAUGAAAAAUAUCGGCUCAAGUAUCUCAGGUUACGGAAAGCAGCUCGUGCAAUGAUAUUUGAGAAUGCAGCCCUCUGUGAUGAGGUUGCCCACUUAGAAGAGAAAUUUCUGAGAGCAAAGGAAGAGCGGAGGUUCUUACUGAAGUCAUUGUUGCAGUACCAGUCAUUGUCAGAGGGGGAGAUCCUGCCGACACCCAGCUCCAGCUCUCAUCCACCUGUGCAGAAUGUGGCAAUGACUUCAGGACCUGCUGGGUCUUCAGGCCUGUCUGCAGGUCAUAACCUGCCAUCAGCGCCAACUGGGGAUGAAGGACCACUUAAAAAACCCAAGAAAGAAAGAAAGGAGCGAGCCAGGGAGAAUGGAAAAGAAGAACUUCCAAGAAAGAUGUCCAAAAAGAGAAAACUAGCAGAUGGUUCCCGCAAGCUGGUGCAGCCCAUUCCUCUGGACUCAUCUGGUCGUCCUGUCUUUCCUAUCGUACUGGGAGGUUUAACUGUCUACAGUCUGGGAGAGAUCAUCACAGACAGAAUGUUAUUCCAUGACGAGUGUGCCAUCUAUCCAGUGGGCUUCUGCAGCACACGGGUGUUUGCCAGCAUGAAAAACCCUGACCAGCAGUGCCUCUACACCUGCCAAAUCAAGGAUGGAGGAACAGGUCCACAGUUUGAAAUCGUGCCUGAAGAAGAUCCUCAGAAUGCCAUCGUAGCCUCCUCUGCUCUGACGUGCCACUCCAAUCUCCUCAAGGCCAUCGCAUCUGUCAGUUCCAAGUCUGUGGCGCCCAUCGUACCAUCAGGAGCAGACUUCUUCGGCUUCUCUCAUCCCACCAUCCAGAAUCUCAUCCAGAGUUGUCCUGGAGCGCGGAAAUGUUGCAACUACCGAUGGAUACGAUUUGAAGUCUGUCGCCCUGGUGAUAGCCAAGUCCCUCACAGCCUGUCAGAGGACGAUGCCUCGGUCAACUUUGAGGCCUACCAGAGACACCAGGGCUUCGAUGAGAAUAUGAAAACUGAGCAGAUGACAGGUCAGACACCGCAGUCUCCCAGUUCUUCACAUCAGCACCACCUUACCUCCCCAACUAUGAAGCCUUCUACCUCAUAUUUCAGCUCUUGAGAUUCUGCGCUUCAGCAACUCUGAAAUUAGUGUCAACAGAUUGUAAUUCCCUGGAAUAUUCACAGUAAUUUACAAGGCUUACCUAUGUUUGUUUUUUGUGUCAAAGUAAGCCCCACGCACAGCAUACUAAAGAUAUGUACUUGCAUGGUUGACCUUAAUAUUCUAGAUCCAGCUAAUGAGUUUGAGCAGUUAAAUGUUUAGAGCCUGUUUAAUCUCAGACUGCACCCAGCAGCCCAGAUGGGUGCAAUAAAGAGCAUAAUUGCGCUUUUGGUCAAUUCUGCUUUGUAUAUUAACAGUGGCACAGCUAAAACUGUGAUUGAGAUAUCAUUAUUAUAGGAGGGUUUGCUGCUAGACAGAUUAUACCGAACAACGUUAUUACAAUUUGUCAGGUUUAUUGCAUUCAGCUGUUGGUAUGCUUCUUAAAAGUCGCAGUUAUAAAACAUUCAAGAGUUCAAAGUACACACUACAUUUGUCUGUUUUAUUUUGACAUAAAUGUGUUUUACUUUGAAUGAAAUACAUGCACUGACGAUUUGACAUUUUAUUUGCAGUUAUACUUUAUGUUAGACAGGGUAAUUAAAGGCAGUUAUUAUAAUUUUUUUUCUUUUACAAGCAAUAAAAAACCAAAGUCACAUUAUUAAAGUGCAAUAAAUGAAGGCAGAUUUUACGUAGUUUGUUAGUCUUUCUGGAUCUGAAAACAGAGUAGCCCCCUUUAAUUGAUGUAAACAAACUG